AUGCCAGACAAGACUCCCGACAAUUUGAGUAAGGAAGAGAGAUCUGCCUUACAAUCAUUAAAAAAUCGGGAUGACAUUGUAAUCAAGAAAGCAGGUAAAGGCUUUACAGUUGUUGUACUGGAUAAAGAGACUUACAUGGCGGAGGCCACAAGACAACUCUCAGACAAACGUUUAUAUAAGAAACUAGACCCUGACCCUACUAAAGAAUUCUCCAUCGCCAUUACCAAAACUCUUGAGGAUAUUUUUGAGAAAAAUGAGAUUGGUAUCAACGUCUAUGAGACCUUAAGUCCUAUUGACUGUAGACCAGCACAAUUCUAUCUGCUUCCUAAAAUACACAAAGAAGAUGUAGUAAAUCUGUACACCAAUAUAACCAGUACCUUAGGAAUCAAGGCUUUAAAUUUUUGGAUUGAAAAUUACAGAAACAAAAUUGACAACCGGUUUACAAAAGAAUUUUUACUGGAAGCCACCGAAUUAGUUUUAAAGAACAAUGUGUUUACUUUCAAUGACAAAUAUUUUCAUCAAGUGAAAGGUACAGCCAUGGGUACCAAAAUGGCCCCUACAUAUGCAACACUUACCCUUGGAUACCUAGAAGAAGCACUAUAUGAAAAAGCUAAUGAACAGUUUGAUGCAGAAUUUUGCGAAUAUCUUAAGAGAAACUGGAAAAGAUAUCUGGAUGAUUGUUUUAUUAUAUGGAAAAAAGAUGAUUCAGAUUUGAACAUUUUAAAUGAUAUCUUAAAUGAAUUAGACCCAGAUAUUAAAUUUACAAUGGAAAAAAGUUCUACUCAAUUACCAUUUUUAGAUGUAUUAAUCUGUAAGGAAAACAACAAAAUUGCAACAGAUAUAUUUUAUAAGAGUACUGACACUCAUCAAUAUUUGCAUUUUGGAUCUUCCCACCCGCGACACAUUAAAAGAGCAAUACCUUACAACCUAGCCCGACGAAUAUGCACAAUAGUAAGUGAGGAGGAAACCAGAAAUCAACGUCUGGAUGAAUUGAAAAUAUUUCUCACAGACCAACAUUAUCCUUUAAGCUUAAUCAACGACGGCAUCAGAAAAGCAAAGGAAUUAGACAGAGAAGAAUUAAUUAAUCCAACUCCUAAUGAUGAGGAAAAUAUUAAAAUAUUACCACUAGUCACAACUUACAAUCCUAAAAACCCAAAUAUUACACCUAUCGUUCAAAAUCUGAACGAAAUUCUCAAAACGGAUGAAUAA